GUCGUCACCACCUCUGCUUGCAGCAUCCGCCAUUUUGCAGUAAUUUAGUAAUCCCGCUGCUUCCAUUCGUUGUGCGGCGCCAGUAAACACGGCUCUUUGAAGGAAUAUUAUUAUUACUAUUGCAAGCUGAAGAGAUAUUUUCCCGUGUCUUGCGAUGGCUGACCCAUCAGCAGAUGUGGAGGUGCCGGAGGGUGCAGAAGUGCGCAAACUGUCGGAGCUGCGGGUCAUAGACCUGAAGGCCGAGCUGAAGAAACGAAACCUGGACACGACGGGCGUGAAGAGCGUGCUAUCAGAGCGUCUUAAAAAGGCAAUCGAGGAAGAGGGUGGGAAUCCGGACGAGAUUAUCGUCGCUCCGGAGUUGACCACCAAAAAGGCCAACGUCACACCUAAACGCGCUGCCAGAGAUACCAAGCAGGAGAACGAUGAACCGGAGGAUGGCACUAUGGAGGAGGAUUCCCGCGAUGGCCAUGAGGAUAAUCAGGAGGAUGAGCAUGAACAUGAGAACAUGCAGGACAUGGACAUCCUUGACAUGAACAUUCUGGAUGAGACUGACAAUGACAACGGAAUACCGGCUGAAGAUGACGAGUAUGGAAGCGAGAACUUUUACAGAGAGGACGACUCGGGGAUGAAUGAAGAAAAUGACUACAGGGCACUCGAGUCAGAAGAAGACACGAGAGGUCCAGAGAUGGAUGAAUUUGAGAUGCUGGAUAAGGAUGAAGAUGCAACAUUUUCAGCAGCCAAUGUGGCUCAGGAUCCAGAGGCUGACGACACAAAAGAAGAAACAGAAAAUGACAAAGUAGCCGGGUCUUGUUUAUCUGAGCCGCAUAACGAAGAUCAACACCAGAGCCACGAGACGAGCCCUGAAGAAGACCAAGGAGCCACCGCCGGAGGGGAAGAAAGUGUGUCCGACACAGGUGCCCAGUCCAACGUGACUGCCGCUGGAGAUGCGGAGGGCAGCGGGGAUGUUGUGGGGACUGAUCCCAAAGAGGUUGGGGAGGAACAGAACGCCCCAGAAGAGACACUUGACGGUGAAAACAAAAUGUCGCAGGCUGUUAGUGUAAGCAAACAGGGCGGCGAGGUUGAAACUGUUGAUUCAGAAACGGGGGCUAAGAAGGUUGAGGAGGAUGAGAAGACAGAAGAGAAAGCUGCUGCGGAUUCAGCCUCGACACUGAAAGAGUCCUCUUCUGUAGAGGGCGAUGAUCAGAAAAAGAGCUCUGAGGAGAAAGAUGGCAAGACCGAGUCGAAGGAUGAAAAGGGUGCUGGAGCUGGGGCCGCAGCAAGCAGCAGCAGGAAUCUGUGGGUCAGUGGCCUCUCUUCCACUACCAGAGCGACUGAUCUGAAGACGCUUUUCAGCAAAUAUGGCAAGGUUGUCGGAGCUAAGGUGGUGACCAAUGCCAAAAGUCCCGGGGCUCGCUGCUACGGGUUUGUCACCAUGUCAUCCACAGAGGAAGCAACCAAGUGUAUCAGCCACCUUCACAGGACCGAGUUGCAUGGCAGGAUGAUCUCUGUGGAGCGGGCUAAAAAUGAACCUGCAGGGAAGAAGCCAGCUGACAAGAACGACCCCAAGAGGUCUAGCACUGACAGGAGACACUCCACUGACUCCAAGUCUGAUGGAAAGGAUGAGAAGUCUGAGGGAGAAGGAAAAGAUGGCAAAGGACGAAAUGAGAGGACUGUAGUUAUGGACAAGUCCAAGGGAGAGCCUGUUAUCAGUGUCAAAACCAAAAGCAAAAGCAAGGAGAGGAGCACCAAGAGUCGGGACCGAACUUCUUCGAGUAAGGAGAGGAAAGACAUCUUGUCAUUUGAUCAGAUUAAGGAGCAAAGGGAGAGGGAGAGACAAAGGCAGAGGGAGAGGGAGAUCAGAGAGGUCGAGAGACGCAGAUUCACUGAUCGCAAUCGGGAAUUCCGACCUGACCGAGAGCGUGAGCGCAUCCGUCUCUUCCGGGAGAGGGAGGAGCGAAACCACUUGAUGAAGAAGAGACACUGGUUGGAGGUAUCGUCACAUGACUCCUCUCUGCCUCCAAAUAUGCGUCCUUUGGCUGAGAAGCAGCGCCUCGACGCAGAUCGCAUGGAGCGUCAGUUCCUGGAGCGUGAAAGGCUACGCAUUGAGUACGAAAGGCGGCGAGAGCAGGAAAGGAUCCUCAGGGAGCGCGAGGAGCUGAGACGGCAGCAGGAGCAGCUGCGCUAUGAACAGGAACGGCGCCCCGUUAAGAGGCCUUACGACAUGGACGGCAGGAAGGAUGACUGGCCUGAUAAGCGUAUGGCCAUGGAUGACCGUUACGGCCGCUCAGACUUUGGUCGCUAUCAGGAUUUUGAUCACAGAGAAAGGGGACGUUACCAAGACGACAUGAUGAUGGACAGGCGGGACAACACCCGUAAUAUGGGUGCUGACAGAGAUGGUCAGGUAAGAACCCUGCAUCCUCCCCCCAGAUAUUAUUCUGUUAGGAAAAGAAACACCAUGAGUUACAAAAACCACAAAUAUUUAUUGUUGGCACCACCCUGACUCCUAAACUCUGCA